GAAUAAAACUGUUGGGGCUCCAGGUGGGUCAGCAGUGCUGCACAUCACAGGUGCUGCAUGGCAUCUCUGAGCCCCCAAGGCAGAAGAGGGCACUGCAGUGUCUCUGAGCAGCCCAUGACCUCUCCUCCUCUUCCUCCUACAGACAGAUGUGUGCUGGGACCAUGUGUGCUGUGGGGAUGCCCACGCUGAGGAGGAGGACGGAUGGAAGGACAGCAAGCCUGUGAGAAGGAUGGCAAACUGCUGCCCGUGACGACGUCCCACGCGAUGUUCUAUGGGUCCUCCUCCACCAUGGCUCCUCCAUCCAAGAGCCGGCUGAAGCGCCAGAGCCGCCUCUUCUCCCAGGUCCUGUACAGGACGCUGAGCUACAAGGACCGCAGCUCCACCUCCGCCUUCCCAGAUGGGGACGAUCCAGCUGAGCUCUCCACUCAACUUUCGGCCCCCGGCAUCCUGAAGAUUUUUGGAGGCAACAUCUGUGUGGGCACCAACUAUAAGAGCGUUCUGGCCACGGGCAGCUCGGGGCACUGGAGCUGGUGAAGGAGGCUCUGGAGCGCUACGGGCUGAGCCAGCUGAAUGCCGGGCAGUACGCGCUGUGCGACGUCAUCGGGAGGUUCGAGGGACCCGAGAAGCGGUGGCAGACUGAGGGGCUGAGGGUUCUCGGGGACCAUGAGAAGCCGCUGCUCAUCCAGGACCUGUGGAAGCCCCGGGAGGGAUUCUCAAGGCGGCUGGAGCUGCGGCGGCGGGCGGAGGUGGAGGAGAUGGCAGCCAGGGAUGUGGAUACCACCACUGCAGGUCAGGGGCUGCGGCUUUGGGGUGUUUGGGUUGGGGUGGUGGUGGGGACAGGAGCUGCAUUUUGGUUGCAGUGCUCUUAGCGCUUGGUGCUCCAUGGGGAAUGUGGGACCCCAGCUGGAUGCCCGCUUGUGGCAUAGAAUCAUUAAGGCUGGAAAAGAGCUUCAAGAUCACCAAACCCAGCCCGUCCCAGCAUGACACCAAACCACAUCCCUCAGUGCCACAUCUCUGUGGUUCUGGGACACCUCCAGCGAUCCCAGUGACCCCACACUCCCUGGGCAGCAGUGCCAGUGCUCCUUGGGAGAAGAAAUUUUCCCCUGUAAUCCAACCUGAGCAUCCCCUGGCACAACUUGAGGCCAUCACUCCUCCUCCUUUCAGGUGCAAGGAGCUGCUGCAGUGCAUCUGGGUGUCAGGGAUGAGGCACAGAGGUGGGUGCUCCUCUCCUCUCCAGUGGGGAUCAGGGCGAUGCUAAGUGCUUUGCAAGGACGCUGGCUCCAAAGAAAGAAAAAAACAGUUUUUAAAUAGAAAACAGGGCAAGACCUAAGUGCUAAACUCACAGUCAGAUGUGGCUGCAUGUGGUGGGAGGGCUGUGCCACGGCUCUUCAGAGGCUGCCAGCAUGAGCCCAAGGUGACAUCAGCUCCAGGUGACACCAACCAU